AAAAAUAUGCUACAGUUUAAAGUCUCUGUGAUUGAAACCAUGUUUGUAUAAGCUUCAAACAUAACUUCUUUUUAGCUCCAACGUCUGAAAACUUAGGGGCUUCUGUGAUCGAAAUCAAAACUAAAGAACAAAUUGGCAAAACAAAAGAAGGGUAGGGUUGCUAUUAGUAAAUAGCAAAUGAUUUAUGUGAUAAUCUUAUAUAUACCAAAUAGUAUUUUCUCAUUUAACCUAGUUUUCAGCAAUACAGGAAGUCAUUGCCGCCAUGAACCUCCAAGUUAGGGUAGAACCACCGGAGAAGAAGAGUAAAAGGAAGAAAAAGACGUCACCACCACCUUCGACAUCUCCAUCGUUUUCUUUACUUCCUGACGAAAUCAUCGUGAGUUGCUUAGCCCUGAUAUCGAGAGCAUACUACCCGAGACUCUCAAUCAUUUCCAAAAGCUUCCGGUCACUCCUCUCUUCCAAGCAGCUCUACACAGCUCGAUCUCACAUAGGAAGCACCGAGCAGUGUCUCUACGUCUGUCUCUCCGAUGAAAGAUACCAAUCUCCCCAAUGGUUUACCCGCUGGAUUAACCCUAAUCUAGCCCUCGAGAAGAAAAAGAAGAAGAAGACACUCGGAAAAUCGUUGGCUCCAAUUCCGUCGUCUGAUUCUCCUUCGAUAUCAAAAUCCACCGUAGUUGUUGGUUCAGACAUUUAUGUUAUCGGUGGACCAAUCAAGACCGAACCGUCAUGUCCCUCAUCAGCCAUACGAAUCCUUGAUUGUCGUACUCACACAUGGCGUGAUGCACCUAGCAUGAUCGUAGCCCGGAACGAUUCUCUCACAUGUUUCUACGAUGGAAAAAUAUAUGUCAUGGGAGGAUGCGGAGAUGAUGAUGAACCAUGGGCCGAGGUGUUCGACAUAAAGACGCAAACAUGGGAACGUCUCUCUGAUCCGGGUAAUCAGAUACGUAACAUAUGGAGAUGUGAUUUUUACACAAUCAUAGGGAUGAAAGGAAAGAUUCACUUUUGGAAUUCAUACAGAGCGUAUGCUUAUGACACAAGCCAAGAUAACUGGGAGAGUAUGAUUGAUGGUGGUGUAUGGUACCAUUGUAUUCCGAAGUCAGCAUGUGAGAUUGAUGGCGUAUGGUAUCAUAUGAGUUAUGGACGUUCAUACGACUUUCGGUGGACAAUGGAGGGAGAAACAUGGAAAGCUGUGAAAGGGUUAGACUCAUUAAUAAAGAUGUACAAUAGGAAUGGUGGCUCUAGUUGUAAUAAAACUAAGUUAGUUAGUUGUUGUGGGAAGCUCUUACUUUUGUGGGAAGGUUAUAUGAAACAUAAUCCCAAUAAUAGGAAGAAAAUUUGGUGCGCGGAAAUCACGUUGGAAACUGAUGAUGAAGGUGAGGUCUGGGGGAAUGCUGAGUGGAUUGAUGUUGUGAAAAGCGUUCCCACACAGUGUGAGCUCUUAAAUUGUCUUGUUGUCUCCGUUUGAUUGACUUGUAUCAGAGAGGUAUGAUCUAACUAAAUGAAGUUGUAUAAAGAGUAGUGACAAUAUUUGCUUUUUAGUCAUAACUUUAACAAAAUGGACCCAUUGUUUGGUUUGUGCCCUUAUACAUGGAUCCAUUUUGGCUAAACUCAAUGGAAAGAUGAGUACAUUUUGUUGGAAAAAAGUGUAUGCUUCUUUGAUACCAUUUGCCAAAGUUAAAGAUUAUAAAGUAUAUUGUCCCUUAUAAUUAUGAAUGUAUUGUUGAUCAGUUGGAGAAAGGAGAAGGAAGCAGAAGCAAACGAUGAGCGACAAGAGUUAAGAGAAGAAUUAGGCGUUAAAGUGACGUUUAUGAACAUAUAAUUUUUUCAUUUUCUCAAACUGAUCAAUAUUGUAGUAAUCAUACUGGUGACUCCACAUUAUGUUAAUGGCUGAAACACAUAUCAGAUUGUCUCAGGCUUAUAAGGUUCGCCGAUGUAUUUGAUUUGAGCUCCUUCUUUCACUGAAACAGAAGAAAAAGACAUAGAAUAUUAAGAGAACAUUUUGUCGUCUUUAGGAAUUCACCAUUUCAUAUUUUUGGAAAUAUAACAAUUACUAGAUUUUUAAAAGUCGGGAUAUUUUACGUUGUAGACAUCUAAUGACUAUUGAAGCCAUCCUAUUAUGAACUUAUUCAAUGAUAAAAAAAAGAACUGAUGAGAAUAUUAACAAUAUUUAUAUAUCUCACUCUUUUUCGAUUAUUGCUUGUCUUCCAAUAUGUUUUCUUCUUCUUAUUUAGUUAAUCGUUCUUAAUAACUACAACAUUAAGGUCUUUAUAGACUCAUUUAGCUGACCUGAAUUCCCUACUACUCAUGUUAAGUUAUUUCUUAUAUGAUUAUCAUUGGAUUUUGUCAAUUUUAUUUGAUGAUACAUCCGAGUUAUUAUAAAUUAUAUUAUUUGUGUACACUUGUACUCAACCUGAUCAAAGCAUCGCUAUAUAGUUGACUUCUUCAUAAAUUCGUUAAAUCAAAUUUGGCUUGGUAUAUAUUCCGUUUCUUUUAUGUCUUGUUAAAUAUGUUCGCAGGUUGGUAUUUUCUUUUUGAGAAAAAAAUAAGUUUGGUAUUUUUCAUUUGACAUGUUAACUUUAUUCUUCUAUUAUCGCUACGAAAAUGGAACUUCGAAUAAUUCAGAAAAAGUGAGCCAUCACUAGAGAAAAAAAAACACUAUCUUCAUUAUCCCAUCAUCUGUAACUUUUUGUUGAUAUGCUUUAACUAGUUUAAUUAAGGUACAUGACUUUUUAUACUUUUUAAUUUGGAAAAUAAAUUCUUGUCAACACGUAAGAAAGUUCUAGAUAAGUUGCUUCCCCCUAUAAGUAUUAUUACUCGUAAAUGAGUUUUUAAAUUGAUGAGAUGCAUACAUGCACUCAAACUUGAAUUUAAAACUUAGAACAUUACAACACCAAAUUUCGGUUUUGGUUUUAUUCAACACCAACAUCAAAGUUGUUAUUUAAAGUAAUAAAACGAUAGAUCAACCUUAUUAUAUAUACACACACACGCUCCUCAUAUAUAUAUGGUAUAUAUGAUGUGAAAUAUAAAUA